UAUGAAGAGUUUAACACAGGAAAGUUUUUAAAGAAUGCAAGGUGGUUAAUACAGUAUUAUAUAUUUGAGUACUUGGACAGUGAGAGUAGUAUAAUUGAGUUGGCAAAGGCGGUGUAUUCUAUGCUUAAGGACAGUAUAGAACAAAAAGAGAAGGAGAAACUAAAUGUAGAAGUAGAAUAUCUGAAAAGUAUUAUUGAUAAGUGCUUUGUGAAGUCUAAUAAUAAUAUAACUAAUGAUAAUGGAAUACAUGUAUUGAAUGCGGUGUAUGGCAAUGCAAUUUUAGAUAAUGCAUUUCCAUUUUCUGGCAGCAUAGAUAUACCAGGCUAUAGAGCCAUCCUAUCAUACAAUAGAAAAAAAGACUCCUUUAAUGUUGGUAAAGGAUACAGCAAUUGUGUUGAGGCGGGAUUACUAGGUUUAUUCUGUUGUUUAGCAUAUGAUGCAGAGACUAAAGAAUACACCACUGAACACAUGGGAGAAGUAUCGUCAGACUUGAAGAGAUUCUUUACUAUAUAUAAUAAACCAUUUGAGACUGAUACUUAUGAUAUUCAUAAGGAAUGGAAUAAAGUAGUGGCUGAUCUAGAGAAUGAGAAUAUUAAGUAUCUGAAAGAAGAUAGAAAUGAGCUUGUAUCU